CCCAAAAAAAAAAAAAAAAAAAAAAAGAAGAAAGAAAAAGGAAGUAAAUUCUACCGGAUGUUUAUAAAAAGGAAAUACUUCCUUAACGACCACGGACUUAACGUUUUUCUCUAUUAUUUAAUUAGUUAUAUUUAACUUAAGUUGCUUGAUUAAUACAGGCAUACGUUUUUCACUUAGCUGUGUUACAGCACCAUUUUCAGAAAGUUAAGUUAAAACUUGAGUGAAAAUUUAAAUUGCUUUAUUAAAAUUCUGAACAUGCAUGAGUUAACGUAUCUAGUCACUUGAUUACGUCAUAGACGAAAUACGUCACACUGAAGAAUUUUUCUUUGUAAUACGGUCAAUAUUGUGAUAUAGGGUAAUGAAAUUAAAUUUUUGGAGUAAGUCAGGACGGGACGAAGGGAGGUGGGGUAAGGAUCGUCACCGUGGAUGGAGGGUAUUUUUGAGAAAGUUUUUUUUUCCACAACUUGUCGACUUGGCGUCAAACACGAGCACUGUUGUUCCAGAUACGGUGCCGCUCCCAGGUGAAUACAAUGUCAUGUGGAUGCGAAGGGCUCCGAAGUUGUUUUGUGUGAUUCCUCGGAAAUUAGACCAGGAUAAUUCACUUAUUUUGGAGGAUGUCGCCCCUGUGGAAGAUACUCGUACGGGCAGCUGCCAGAAGUCCGCCAGUGAGGGUGAUCAGACCCUUCGCCGUCAUUCGUCACUUUUGGAUCUAGUGCAGUCCUGGGAUAUCUCCCGGCCAACACAAAAUUUCGGUUGUCCCAGCAUGGAGUUCGUUUACUCCCUGCAGGAGUGUCUCAGGUAUGUUGCGGACAAGAAUCUCAUAUGAAUAUAGAUGGACAGAAGACUGACACAGAACAGAGUUGCCAAGCCCAAGCCAAUGGUCAGCUGGACAGCUGAGUAUAGAAGAGGGGAGACUGAUAGAGUGCUUAAUAUAUCUUCAGCACAACACGAGGUCAACGAUCAGGUCAGGUACUGAUGGCAUCUGUUUUCGACUGAUCCUGGAGGAAGCAUGUAUAGAAGGAGGAAGCACCUUUGACGCUAUUAACAGUAAAUACGUGCACAACAUCUGCAAUGACUCUGAAGAUAAAAGGUGGACAUAGCUGUUCAACGGUAGAGCCUAAAGACAUUUUUACCAAUAUAAUUCCCAUACACGACAAAUUGUGGACCUAACUGAGAUUUGAAAUCUACUGGAAUCAAGAUAUUCAAUCUGAUAACAGUUAGAUGCCUACCUCAUAGAAGUCACAAUGGAGACAAGUUUAAACAAUGGACAAAUUAAACACAAUAAUGAGGAAUCUGGAUUUAGCUUGAUGAUAAAAUGUCUAUGCAAUGUGAUCAGUCGCAGGAUGGAUUCCCCUUAUGGACUCAUUGGGCUUUUUCUGGGUACAGCUGGUGCAUCAACAAAGGAUUAUUAAACUAUGCAGUGUGUGUUGUCCUGUCAUGAACUGUACAGAUUUCUGGCAGUUCAAGCUUCUCAAAGAAAUUAUCAGACUUCAUCUGAAAUGAACUGAACGCCAAUGAACAGAACUGAACGGGCGUGGGAUGGACGUACCUGAUCCUCUUUUGGAUGUAGGCACGCUAAUUAAGUAAAAGAAAGAAAGAACUGAACUUCAACAGUGUUCAUUUAUAUUUAGUGCAGCACAAGGUUUACGAAGAGUCAGUUUACAUCCAAUGAAAUCGUUCACAAAAAGAAUAAAAUUAUCAGAUUGAACUGAACCCCAGUGAACAGGACGGAACUGAACGGAACGUGUGCUUCAACAGUGUUCCUCUAUAUUUAGUGUAGCACAGGAAGUGCAAGACUAUCUUCUAGUGGAAACAUUUUUUGUGCUGUCUGCUGGUAGUGAAGCCACUAUAGGAUGUAUACAUUAUAAGAGAUUAUUAAACGUUCUUACAAAUGUGUUGUCAGAAACCUGUGGUCUUUGUGCAAUUGUUCUGCGUUGGAUUUCAAAGAAGGAGAAAACUGUUACACAGCAUAACAUAAUGGAAUUCAUGAACGCAUCUGAACUCAAAUGAACCGGUGCUGGCAUAGCAAGCAUAUGUAUUUUAGAAUAACAAGUAGUGCAAGAGGGGGCCAUCCAAUAGAAACAUUUUAAAUACUAGUUGUUAAUCAGACAUCAUAUAAUAUUAACUAAUAUUUUCCAUAGGACUCUUAUAGAAAUGAUAUAUGACAGCGGUAGAACAUAUUUGUUUUACCAAUACCAUCCACGCAUAAAAUAAACUAUAAACGUAUCCACCAUACACAACACCUAUGCCAUUUAUCACUGGCGUAGGAAGCGGGGUGGUAGGGGUGUGGGUAGUGGCGGUUGGGUAGCAGCAGCGAUGGUUUAUAUACAUUUAUUUAUUCAUCUGCUACCCCCUCUUUUAGCACCUUCCUACGCCUCUGAUUAUAAUGAUCAUCAUCUUCUUUUCUUCUUCAUGUUAUUAUUUUUUGUAGUAGUGUAGUACUAGUAUUGUUUAUUAUUAUUAUGGUAUCGGUGGUUAUCAUAAUUAAUAUUAUUAUUUUAAAUCUGCAGCUACUAUUCAUUCAGUUCUGGAAGAGUCCUAAAGUAAACUUCAUAUCCUUAUUAGCUGAUAUAAACCCAAGCAUUUACAUGUGCAGUCAUAUUUGACAAUGCAACGAUAAAUAUGUUACAGUUUUGAGCUUUGUGAAUUAAAUGUAUUUU